AUGGGGGAUUCCCAAAAGAGUAAGGAAAAGGGUCCAUACAAUCUGUGGGGACCAGAUGAGACACAAGUGCUAGUAGAGCUACUUGUUGAUGCAGUUCACCGAAACUGGCGUGACAAUAGCGGUAACUUUAGCAAGCUAACGGUGGAGCAAAAGAUUCUACCAGUUCUCAAUGAAAGACUUGGAUGCCAAAAAAAUCACAAUCAGUAUCUAAGUAGAUGGAAGUACUUGAGAACCCUAUACCAAAAUUAUUUAGACCUUCAACGCUUUAAUUCUGGAUUUGGAUGGGAUCUUGAAAUGAAAAGGUUUACCGCUCCGGAUGAAGUGUGGGAUGAGUAUUUAAAGAAACAUCCUAAACAUAAACAUCUACGACAUGAGUCAAAUGAACAAUUUGAGGAUCUUCAACUCAUAUUUGGAUGUGGCUUAGCUACUAGUGGUUCCGCAAUUGGAAUGGGUGAAACCACUGAUGCUCGAACCUUUAGAAGUGGGGGGAGUAAAAGAGUGAAAGAUAACAAAAUUGAUGAUGAAGUUUUUGAACUAUCAUCUCAAGAGCCAGCUGCAUCGCCAGAAUGUGAUACGCCACCCUUUCCAGGCACAAAUCCAAAAGGACGGGUAGAAAAACUUCGUCCAAGGAAGAGGUCUAGAACCUUAGCUACUAGCAAUGCAGAUAAACUGAAAACUGAUGAGGAGGAUCCUAUGAUCAUAGUUAGAAAGCGUUUGUAUAUCAUGGAGCACACAAUUUUGAGAGAGGAUGAAUUUCAACUUGAAGAUGACGAAUCGGAAAUGGACGUUUUGCUAUUACUACUAGAAAAUACGACCAGAGCUUACUUUAUGAAUAGACGUAUUGAGCGUCCGAUGCGUAAGCCUAUCACAAGAAUUGGCUACAUUUACAUCCAGAAAGCUCUUAAGGAAGAUCAGGAACACUUUCGACAGGAUUGCGUUGGAGCUAUCGACGGUACACACAUUCAUGCAACAGUGCCUGCUUCUGAUGCACCAAGCUAUCGUAAUCGGAAAGGAUAUACAUCACAAAAUGUUCUUGUUGCUUGUAACUUUGAUCUAGAAUUCAUAUAUGUCCUUAGUGGAUGGGAAGGUACAGCUCACAAUUCAAAAGUAUUAAAUGAUGCUCUAACAAGAAGUACGAGCAAGCUACCUGUUCCCGAAGGAAAAUAUUACCUAGUUGAUUGUGGAUUUGCAAUUCGGCGCAACUUUUUAGCUCCAUACAGAGGUACAAAGUAUCAUCUACAAGACUUUAGAGGUCAAGGUUGUGACCCUAGUAAUCAAAAUGAGUUAUUCAACUUGCGGCAUGCAUCUUCAAAUCCCGUUUUUAAGGUACAAGCAGAACUCGUAUUAGCUUGUGCUGGAUUACAUAAUUUUCUUCGUAGAGAAUGUCGGUCCGAUGAGUUUCUUCCCGAAGAAUACAGUGAGAACAUCGAAGAAAACAAUGAGAAUAACGAAGAAAACACUUACGAGGAAAAUGGAGAUAUGGGAAUUCUCCAAUCUCAGCAAAGAGAAUAUGCUAAUAAUUGGAGAGACACAAUAGCUGCUAAUAUGUGGGCCGAAGCUACAGGAACCGGGAGCCAUCCAUGA